AUGGUGGCAUCGAAGAAGCGACCAGCAGCAGCAGCUGCCGUGAAGAGUGAUGAUGUCGGGAAGAAGAAUGGUGGCAGCGAGCAGCCAAAGAAGAAGUCCCUCAAGCAGGCGGUUGAGGACGUCAAGGAGGGGAUGAAGCAGUGGGUGGAGGAGGACCGAAACGAGGAGGGGUUGGUCACAAGCGAGCACAGAGACAAGGGGAAAGCAGAGAAAAUGAAAGCGAUGAGAAAGGCCGGGGCCUUGCCACCCUACAUCGUCGAUUUAUACGACCGGCAAGCGGAGUCGAAAGAAUCCCCACGUCGAUUCCGAACGAUGCUGGUGAACUCUUUGUUUACCCGGACAAAGAGUGGCAAGUACUGCCUCGACGACAAGGCCCCGAUGUUCCAGGAGGCCCGCACCGUCUACCAAAAGAAGUAUGGGUGCGAUGGCACGGAGUCGUACACCCGUCUGGUCAUGCAGGGAUUGUUUUUUCAAAACAAUCCGGAGGCCAUGGAGAAGGCCAUCCAGGCCAAGGAAGUCAUUGUCACCAAGGACGAGGAAGAUGGAACGGAGUUUUUUUCGUUUCGCAAACGGACAUCGGGGACAGAGAGGGGAAGCCACAGUGCCCUGACCAUCACGAGAGAGAAGAAGGGCAAGCAAGACCAAGCCCUGGAGCUGGAGGAUCUCUUCGGCAAGCUCGAGUGGAGCUACGACUUCAAGAAGGGCGACGAGAAGAAGAUCGUUCAGGGCGAGAAGAUCCCGCCAAGCAUGAGCAAGCUGCUCGACCAGGCUGCUGCGGCCCAAGUCCGGCUCGCUGGAGAGAGCAUGAAAGUGCUGAAGAAGCAACUCUGCUCAUGCAUCAAGCUCCCCGAGAACUCCGAGAAGUGGAACGGGCUGAAGCAGGAGACGGUGGCGUGCCAGAAGCUCCUGGCCGAUGUUCGCCACAUCAUCUCGUGGAAAGAAAUGCCAAACGGCAACGAGAUCACGAAGGAGAACUUCGAUGCUUUCAUGACUGACGUGGCAGCCAAGACGGUUGGUGCGAAAACUUUCCAGAAGCAGCAGGAGCCCACCAGCCUGAUGAGCGGGACAGUUCGUGAGGGAUACUUCGAGUUGGCCAGUGCGAGCUACAAUUUGGAGUUCUUCCUGCUUCGCAAUGCUCCUGUAUUUGAGGACGGCGAUGAUCAUGAUGAUGAUGAUGAUGAUGAUGAUGAAGACACGGAGGAGCCAGCAGAACGGCACCACCACCAUGGCAAGCCGAGCAUGUUGGCGAGGAAGCUGCUGGAGCUGUUCGCUUGGGGAGACAUGUCCCCCCAGCUUGUGCAAAGCUUGGCAGAGGCUGGACUGAAAGACAGCCUAAGUGCCUUGGAAGAGCAUGGCCUGCACAACAGCACCUCUUCUUCGUCCCGGGAGGGCCAGGUUUUGGCCCCGGCAGCCUUGGAGGGGUCUUGCUUGUACGAACUUUCGGAGCUGGCAGCUAUCGGAGCUCGAGGCCGGUACAAGAACAAAUGCUACGGCGACUUGAUGGCAAAAGCCGAGCCGAUGAUCAGGCUUGCUGCUCCUUAUCAGGUCAGGCUAAAUUUUUCCAACCCACCUGGUGAGCACCUUCAGGAAAUGAUGCUGCCCCAUGAGCUGUUCGCUACAAUGUUCGAGUUUGAAAGGCCCAGCUUUGAUGCCAACAUUUCGGGCACGGCCGAGACGAGAGCUAUGUUCUGGGAAAGAAUGCGGACAGUGCCACACCCCUGCUGGCCUACUCAUCCGGUCCAACACAGGGACCUGACUUUCGCGAUACCGGUGUCGGUGCAUGGAGAUGAGGUUCCGAUAAGCGGCAUCGGAAAACAGUGGGCGAAAAAGAUGCUGAAUGUUUCCUGGUCAAGCCUCACUGGAAACAAAAGCACGAAAAGCAGCCAGUACUGGUCCUUCGCCUUGAUCGAGAAGACUGGCAUUGCACAGGGACCCCGAAAGACGGUGACGAUGAUGUGGAAGAUACUGGCAUGGUCGCUUCGUGCAUUAUGGUCUGGGUACUGGCCCACGACGGACUAUGAGGGCAGGGAGCGACGAGUUGGCAUGAAGAUGGGACUGGCAGGAAAUGCAUGCGUUUUACAGUGUUUUCAGCUGAUGGCAGGUGAGUUUCCGACCGGUACUUUGCAAGCUUGCAAAGCUGGCCAGCCACUUGCAAAAGGCUUUUUUGGCGUUUGCUGGGCAGUGCUGGGCGACUUGGACUACUAUGUUGCGGGUUUAAACCUGCCCUCUUACAACAAUUCAAACAUGCCCUGCAGCCUUUGUCGCUGCUCGUUGUCUGGGCCAGCGACUUGGUCCAACUUUACAGCUGGGGCCCCGUGGCGAGCAACCAUGUGGACCCCCGAGACAUGGCAUGCCUGGGAAGGCAAGUCAACCAACCCCCUCUUCCAGGAGGUUCCUGGAAUGAGUGUGCUGCAGGUUUGUUGCGAUUACAUGCACAGUAAGUACCUUGGGACGGACAUGGUGCAGUUCGGAAGCAUUCUGAUGAUACUUUGCUUUGAGCUGAUGCAUCGCACGCCGGAGGACAACUUGAUGUCAUGUUGGAGACAUAUCCGUGAGUAUUACAGGAUUCACAACACCCCUGUCCGGUUCAGGUCCAUGACUCGGUUGACAAUGUUCGUGCGAAAAAGUGGGGGGCCGAAACUAAGAGGCAAGGCGGCAGAGAUCCGGCAUUUUGCCGAGGUCUUGCUGUCACUGUGGCAAAGCCAGUGCGACAACACACAGCUGCUGCAUCGAAAAAUAACAUUGUUGCUGAAGAAGAAUGUCAUGAUGGAACGGCUGAUGACAGAACACCGCGACAAACUCUUUUUCGAGGACGACGAGGCUCGAGCAUUCGAAGAGGCAUGCUCCGACAUGUUGCUGUUGCAUGCCGAUCUUGCGAAGUACUAUGCUGGUUUGGGCAAACAAUACUUUUCCUUGACGAGCAAGACACACAUGUUACAACAUGCUGCCCUUCUGAGCAAAUGCCUGAGUCCUCGCUUGGUUUGGUGUUUCGUCGGGGAAGAUUUUCAACAGAAAGCUCAAAGGCUUGCCUCCAUGAGUUUGAAAGGCAACACAGGAGUGUAUGCUGUGAACAAGAUGUUUCGGCAUUACAGGCUCGGUCUGAGCCUUCUAUUUGAUGCUGCAUCGUGA